AUGGCUAAGCGCCUGCGGGAAGACUCUUUCUCUCAACAGCAGCCUUCGCCUCUGGAGACCGCAGCUCAUACACCCAAGUAUGCCGAGUUCGACGAAGCGGACCACGCAGAUACAAAGAAUAGGAUGCAAUGCUCGCUACCUCCGCACAAGCCUCUGACUUUCUCAAGCUAUCAAGACUACGAGACUCACUACCGCCAAUCCCACACCAAUCGUUGUCUCGAGUGUCGUGUCAAUCUGCCCAGCGCUCACUUCCUGGAACUUCACAUCGCAGAGAAUCAUGACCCGAUCGUCGCCACGAAGCGGGAUAGCGGCGAUAAGACCUACUCAUGCUUCGUCGAAGGCUGCGACAAAGUGUGUCUGGAAUGGAAGAAGCGCCGCAGCCACUUGGUCGAUAAGCAUGGCUUUCCUAAGAACUACGACUUCCUCAUCGUCAAUAAUGGGGUUGAUGGGAGACGGAGCAUGCUGAGGCCCGGAAUUGAUGCGCAAGGCCAUCGAAAGAGUGGCCGGGAGCGCAGAGGUUCGCCAGCGGCAACUGAUACGACUCAGACCACUGAAGCCGCCCUCUCCGGGAGGCAGACAACGGUCUCCGAGCAGGAUGUCGGAGAAGCAUCCCCCGCUACAGCGCAGACCAACACGGAUCGCGAGGAAACUGGAGCAACCAACAAGUCUGUCGAUGCACUCACCAAAUCCAUGUCGUCACUUCAAUUCGUACCAAGAAGCGUCACGUUUGGAAAACGAAAGGGCAAAUCCGGCUUUGCGAAAAAUUGA